UGUCAGAAGUGUACCGACUAGUCUAUGCAUGCCCGCGCCUACAAUUGAUACGGUCUUAAGAUUAUUCCAUCGCGCCGGUUCUCGACAAUCUUUCCUUCAUCUACUCAAGCGCUGACACGAAGCAUCAUCACAAUUUCCCAAAUGCACAUAAAGGGCUCAACUUAGAAUCACCAAACUCCAGUUACCACCCACCCAAUCAUCCCUAAUGGCGCUCGCUGACCACGCCAACUUUCGCUUCCGUAUCUUAAAGGACAUAUUUCAAGCACUGGUUGCACCCCCCGUCCUGGUUUCAUUGUGCUGUAGGGCAUUCAACCUUCGCUUUGGAUGGUGGUCGAUACCUACAUAUCUCCUGGCCAUUCCACUCGCCGCAUUCACCAGAGGGCAGUAUUCUGACUUCAUUCAAGCACGGGAAGCACGCCAACUCGGUGCUAGACCGAUUCCCCGGGUUGUGGGGAAAUGGCCAGGGAACAUUGAUGUCAUGCUCAAACUCAAGAAAGCCCUCGCCUCUCAGUACAUUUACGAGCCGUUCCUUGAUUUAUUCGAGGAAUAUCAGUGCACAACCAUCAACACGCGCUUUCUUUGGGUUGACAAUAUUAUUACCAUGGAUCAAGAGCACUCUAAAUACGCACUGGCGACAGGAUUCGGUCAAUUCUGGAGAGGCACUGCCCAACGAGAGCGAUUAGAAGGCUUUCUAGGCGAUGGAAUAUUCAAUCGAGAUGACGAGAAAUGGAAAUACCACCGUUCACUCGCACGACCUUUUUUCACCCGCAAUCGCAUAUCUGAUUUCGAAUUAUUCGAAAAAUAUGCGGGCCGGACCAUAACUGUAUUAUCAAAUAUCGCCUCGCGCGAUGAGCCUUGUGAUGUCCAAGAUCUUUUUGCCAGGUUCACCAUCGACGCUGCCUCGGACUUUCUUUUUGGGCAGAACUUGGACACAUUGUCCAAGAAGCUUCCUGUUCCUAGUUCAGGCUCCCAUAGCGAUAGAGGAUCUGCGACAGAUGACUCGUGGGGAACAUUUGCUCAAGCUUUCGAAGCGGUCCAGCGCAUAAUUACGAUGAGAGGUCGAACUGGUUCCAUUUGGCCAGUGUUUGAACUGUUCGAGGACAAGACGGCACCACACGUGGAGAUCAUAAAACGAUGGCUGGAUCCAUUAGUAAAACAAACGUUGGACCAUAAGGCGGUAACCCAGAAAAUCGGUAUACGUCGUCCCAUGGAAGACAAGACGUUCCUAGAACACCUUGCUGACAGUACCGAAGACGCUGGAAUGAUUCGUGAUCAAUUGCUCAAUGUUCUAUUGGCCGCUAGGGACACCACUGCGUGCCUUUUGACCUAUGUGACAUAUUUCAUGGCGUUGUAUCCGAACAUCGCCGUCAAGAUGCGCCAAGAGGUACUCGACGUGUGUGGCAACAAUGUCCCUACCCACGAAGAUAUUCGAAAACUCAAAUACGUCAAAGCGGUAAUUGACGAGACUCUCCGUCUGUACCCCCCUGUCCCGUUGAAUUCGCGACAGAGCAGACCUCAGCCUUGCACGCUCCCUCCGCCAGAUCGCACCUAUCCCACCGAAUCUCGGCAACCAUUAUAUCUACCGAAGUCGACGUCAUUCUGGUACUCGACACUGUUGACGCAGCGUAACAAAGCACUCUGGGGACCUGAUGCAGACGAGUUUGAUCCUGAACGAUGGAUUGAUCCUCAGAGAGUGGCACGGUUCACGUCGAAUCCGACGAUGUUUACCCCAUUUAGCGCAGGGCCUCGCAUUUGCAUUGGUCAGAACUAUGCAUACAAUGAAGCAUCGUUCUUCCUUGUGCGACUGCUCCAGCGGUUUGACACUUUCACACUCGCAACGGAUGCACAACCCCCUUCCUCCUUGCCACCUGCUGAGUGGAAGUUGGGUCGCGGCAGACAGGCGGUGGAGUCAAUUUGUCCCGAAGCUACAAUGACGCUGUUCAUCAAGGGUGGCUUAUGGAUAAGAAUGAAGAACGUGCAUUCACACUGAUGCGAUUACUAUUUGUUGGUUAAAUGGACUUAUUGGGGCUCUUAAAGGAUGCAUGCAUGCAGAAAUUCAUAUAUAUUGCCAUAAAGUAUUGCAUAUCUCAUACCCACUGGAUCAUUUGUACAUGGACCACAGACAGUCUAGACAUAUCCGGCGGCGGCGGCGGCGCCCCCCCCGUAUUUCCAUCAUGUUUCAGGAUGUAAAUUUUACUUUUCCCAUUAAAAAUGAACUGG